UUAUAAAAGGUCAGUAGACUGCCCUUAUGUCUGACCAUCAUCUUCUGAGCUGGGAUUUUUCAUAGACAGACAGAUUCUCAUCUACUUUCUCUUACAUAUUCCCACUAAUCUCUUGAUUCUCUUCUCUUCAACUUCUUCAUUCUUAUCAAAACAGAAAUAAAUUAAAAAGAGUGAUUUAUUUUUUAAAGAGAAAGAAGAGAAAUGGCAACUUUUGUAGGAACAACCCAGAAAUGUAAAGCCUGUGAGAAAACAGUCUACCUGGUUGAUCAACUCACUGCUGAUAACAAAGUUUAUCACAAAGCUUGUUUUCGUUGUCAUCACUGCAAGGGUACUCUCAAGCUUAGCAACUACAACUCUUUCGAAGGUGUUCUGUACUGCAGGCCUCAUUUCGACCAGCUGUUUAAGAUGACUGGGAGUUUGGAUAAAAGUUUCGAAAGUGUUCCUAAAGUUCAUACCAGGUCAGCUGAUCAGGGCAAUUCCAGCAGCAAAGCUUCAAGUAUGUUUGCUGGAACUCAAGAUAAGUGUGUUGCUUGCAAGAAGACCGUGUACCCUAUUGAGAAGGUAACAGCAGAUGGAGUCUCAUACCACAGGCCUUGCUUCAGGUGUUCAUAUGGAGGUUGUGUGAUCAGCACAUCCAAUUACAUUGCUCACGAGCACAAACUUUACUGUAAGCACCACCACACUCAACUCUUCAAGGAGAAGGGCAACUUUAGCCAGCUUGGCAACCAAGGAGUACCUGAGAACACAGUAACCAUAUAAACCACUUCAAAAUAUGCGUCCUCAUGGAAUGUUGAUCACAUUGAAGCACUCUGAACCGACAAUGUGUGAUCCCAAUACCUAAAGCGGGUUGAUUAAGCUUGAGUUUAAGAGGCAACAUACGGCUUAAGUGUAUACAGUACUAGAGUCUUUUUUUAUAUGUUAAAAAGUUUUUAUGAAGAGAUUGCUACUCAGACUUUCAAGUUUCAACCAAGGAGAGCUAGAUUUGUUGUGUUUGUUUCUAAUUUCUAAAUUCUUUAGAAUGCUAGGUGUUUGGAUAAAUAAAUCAAGUGAUUUUGUGUAAACGUUCUUCUGUACUCCUGAGCUUUCUACAGCUGAAAAAUACAAUGUUGUGCUGUUGAAUAUUUUGCAAUAAUUCUUGUAGUGCUGGUCAA